UACCUUAGCAACGCCGCUACAGCUGCUGCUGGGAGCCAUUGCUGUAAAAAAGAGAGAAGUAAAAGCCACCGGCAGAGGAAAGGAGAGCUACAGACACUUUCCUUUGCCUUUCUGCCUGUGCCCCAACCCUGGUGGCCCAGCUCCAUGGCUGAGCCCCCUGGAGAACCCCCAGCACCCGAGAGUGGGGAGAACCCUGAGCAGCCCAGUCAGGGCCCUCCAAGCCAAGGCAGUUGGGUAUUUGCUGAGCAAGAUCCAGGCAUCCUAGGUCAAAAUGAAUCCGAGGAGCCACUGGAGCCAGGACGACCAAGGGGGAGCAUCUACCAGCCUGAGCAACCGAGACUGAGCAUCUAUGAGCAGCAAGAAGGGAGAGGCGCCCUGUAUCAACCUCCUCAAGCGAGAGGAGCCCUUUUCCAAACAAGGCCUGGCAUCCCAGACCCCAGGAGCGGUGUUUCUUGGCAGCAGCCCAUGGCCGGAGGGACCAUUCCUCACAAUGCCACAGGAAGUGGUGCACACUUGCCACCAGAGCACAUGCUGCCGUCAGGACCCAGAGGCAGCUUCCAUGGCCCCAUGGCAACAAGAAGUAGCCAAAUUCUGCAGUCAGAUCCUGGAGGGCAUGGGCCCUAUCAACCUCACGAACCUGGCUAUGGCCUUUAUCAAGUGGGAGUCAACUUGUAUGAAGAUCAGAUCCCAGAUCCAGGACCCAGGGCGCUGGCCAUAAAGAAUGCAAAAGCCUACCUUUUGAAGACAAGUGUCAAAACGGGAGUGAGCUUGUAUGAUCAUCUUGCUGAAAUGUUGGCCAAGAUUCUGGAUGAACGGCCUGAAAACCCAGCUGAUAUAAUUGAGAACAUUAGUAAGGAUGUGAAAUGUGCUCGGUUCCAGAAGAAACUGGACACUCUACGAGAUGAGUAUGAGAAACAUCCAACAUUUGAGCUGGCUGAAAUGUAUAAGACACUUUUCCAGAAGGGUGGUGGAGAUGGAACAGAGCAAGAUCUAGAAGAAGAGGCGCCAGAAACUCCUCUACCCAAUGUAAUGGAGACAGCCUUCUAUUUUGAACAAGCUGGAAUCGGUUUGAGCUUGGAAGAGUAUUACCAUAUAUUCCUUGCCCUCAAGCAGUUGGUCACCACACAUCCUAUCCAAACCUGUCGCUUCUGGGGCAAAAUCCUAGGCGUUGAAGCAAACUACAUUGUAGCUGAAGUGGAGUUCCGUGAGGGAGAGGAGGAGGAAGAAGUGGAGGAGGAAGAAAUAAUUGAGGAGGGGUUGAAAGAGGGGAGUGAAGUCAGGGAUGAAGAGGAAGAUGAAGACGAGGAAAAAGAUGAGCCACCAAAGCCCAACUACAAGCCACCACCAGUAAUACCAAAAGAAGAAAAUCGGACUGGUGCUAAUAAAUAUACUUAUUUUGUUUGCAAUGAACCUGGAAAACCCUGGGUCAGAUUACCCCCAGUGACCCCUGCACACAUAGUUAAUGCCAGGAAAAUCAAGAAGUUCUUCACUGGGAAGCUGGAUGCUCCCAUUGUCAGCUACCCACCUUUCCCAGGCAACGAAUCCAAUUACCUGCGGGCACAGAUCGCUCGCAUUUCGGCAGCAACCCAGAUCAGUCCGUUGGGCUUUUAUCAGUUUGGAGAAGAAGAGGGGGAUGAAGAGGAGGAAGGAGGAGCUGGAAGAGACACAUAUGAAGAGAAUCCUGACUUUGAACCUAUUUCUGUGUUAGAAAUGGUGGACUCUCUUUCCAACUGGGUGCACCAUGUGCAGAAUAUUCUAAUGCAGGGGCGCUGCACCUGGGUUAAUCCCUUUCAGAAAUCAGAGGAGGAGGAGGAAGAAGAUGAGGAGGAAGAGAAACCGGAUGAACAAGAGGAGUCUCAAGAAGUUGGACCUCCACUUCUCACACCACUAUCUGAAGAUGCAGACAUUCAGAACAUUCCUCCAUGGUCAGCUGAGGCAUCAACAAAUUUAAUUCCUCAGUAUGCCCUUGCAGUUCUUCAAGCUAACUUGUGGCCUGGAGCAUAUGCCUUUGCUAUUGGAAGGAGAUUUGAUAAUAUCUACAUUGGCUGGGGUCACAAAUACAGUCCAGAUAAUUACAGCCCUCCAUUACCACCUCCAGUGCAGAGUGAAUACCCUAGUGGACCCGAAAUCGCAGAAACAACCGACCCAACUGUAGAAGAAGAACUUGCCCUCAAGGCUGCACAAGAGGAGGCACUGGCAGCUGAAGAAAUGGAAGAACUGGAAGAGGAUGAGGAUGAGGAUGAGGAUGAUUAGUCUCCAAAGAGCUAGCUUAUCUACGUUUUUUCUAAGUCUUUU